AGGUCUGUUAUUGGUGGACAGACAGAUGAAAAGGAGCCCCCUCACAUGCAAAAAGGAGAGGAGAGGUAUAGUGCUGUGGUAUCAUGGCUGGAGGAGAAGAUGAGCAGGAGCAGCAAGGAGAUAGUGUUGGGGGUCCUGCUGCCAGGGGGCCUGGUGGUUGGACAUGAAAUGAGCCCUUUCAACAAUGGCAGAAGGUAA